GGGAAGCAUCAUCAGUCAGACACUCUCAGUCGUCAGGUUUUAUCUCUCUCCUCCUCCUCCUCUUCUUCUUCUUCUCUUGUCAUGACCCAUUUCAGGAGCGACUGCCACCGAGACAGACACGCCGGGAUGAACGGCGAGCUGAGAGCCAGUCGCACCACGACAGCCAAGAGAGGAAGCGGCGCCCCUGACAGAUCUGACUACGAGAUGGAGUACGACAGAUACCCUGAUGAACACUACAACAGGGUGUUUGACUACCAGCGUGUCCCCUCCUCAGUCCCGGCGGAUCCCAGUCCUGUCAAACGACCCCGCCCUUCAUCUUCCUCCUCCUCCUCCUCCUCUUCCUCUUCAACAGCAGCUCUGAGGACGAAGAGCAGCAGAGGUUCCAGCAAGAGCACCAACACACACACGUCCUCGUCUGACAGCAAAUUGAAGAUGGCGGAGCUGCUUGCCAUAAAGAGGGAGCUGACAGUGAUCAAGGUUCAGAUUGACGGCCUCUUGGACUGUGUGGACAAGAUGGACAGACAGAGGAAGGACUGUUCAGAGUGUCCUCAAGGCAGGGAGCCCAGUGUGUCGGACUCUCCUCACCGGGGUUCAGUCAGCAGCCUGGAGAGAGAAAGUCCUGAACCAGGAGAGGCCAGCGAGGACGAGCCGCUGCACUACCAGCACUACUACCCCCACAGCUACCCCCACAGGAUAAAGCAGCAUCAGUCUGAUCUGGAGGAUGAUCUGUGAUACUGCAGCUCAGAUCCAUCCAGAAACAGAAGCUGGGAUCGGCAACAGCUGGGAUGGAAGACGCUCAGAGGAGGUGUUGGCAACAUGAACUGCAUUGACCUGACUCUCUUCCACCCCUGAAUCUGUGUCUUACCUGUCUGUCACUGUCAGUUUGAUUUUAUUCUGCUGCACCAUCUCAAGUUCUGGAUUCCAGUCGACAAAAUCUCCAAUGUGUUCCUGGUACAUCACUGAAUCUGAUGCUCCCUGCUAACAUACUGACACAUGGGACAAAAUAUUUGAACAUUUAAACAUGAAGCACCAUGCCGUUACAAUUUCUAGAAGAUUUCAGGUCACUGUUGAUUUUAAUUACAGUAAUUUCAGAAUGCUAUAAAUCUGACUUGUAGAGGCUUGAUACUUUCUGCAGACCAAUUAUUAAUAACAGUGAGCAAUAUAUGUAAUUCUUUUUGGUUUUGAUGUAUUAAAAAUUGAUAGUGUACCUCCAAAAAAGCAUUUAAUUCAUGGGCUAUAUUUAGCAGUUUUUAGUUCUUCUAAGUUAUUUUAUUUUAGUUCUCAUUAUAUUAUAUUAUAUUAUAUUAUAGAAAAGGUGGUGUAAUAUUGGCCCCAUUUAUUGCUCUACCCUUGCUCCACUGUUGAACCCCCAUCUGCCUGAAUAAAAUCAGUGUGGCAGCAGCUGGCAGCUUCUUAUCACACAGUUUAUUUUCAUUAUUUUAUCAUUAGGUGUAACCAGAUGUGUACAGGACGGCAUUAUACGGCUCUGUGGAAAGGGUUCAGUGAGCACAGUUUUAUGACUCUCUGGGUAAAUUACACUGUUUAAUUCACUCAGAAAUUCAGUGAAAAAGUGCGAGACUCUGACAAUUCCCUGAAAUGAAGAUGAAAUCUGAAUAAAAACUACAUGUUAAACAUAUAAAUGGGAAGAUAAUGGGAAGAAUAGCUGACUGAUUUGUGUAAAUGCUAAAUUGACUUGGUUAAAGUCAGCUUUACCUCUCAGUUUUUGUAGAUGUUUGGUUCAAGUUAGCUGCUAAAACAGUUUGUUUUAGGUUUACCUAAUGAUUUAGUUCAGCAACUAAAACAAUUUGGUUUGGGUUAGCCAGUAGUUAACUACCCUAAAACAGUUGGCUUUGGGUUAGUCAGAAGAUUAAUAUUAGGAGAGACAACUGUUUUUUAAAGUUAGGAACAGUGUAGUAGAAGAAAACAGUUCAGUUUAUCUGCUAAACAAUGUGUUUAGCAGAUAAACUGAUUGUUUCAGGAUAGUAGAUACAACAGUUUGCUAUAUGUAAGCUGAACGGAACAGUUAACCAACCCAAACAGUUGGUUAGCUAAGUCAGUUUAACAGAAAUAACAAUUUGGUUAAGGUUAGCUAAUGGGUCAGUAGCUAAAACAGUUUGCUAUAUGUGAGCUAACGAAACAGGUAAACAGUUGGUUAGUUAAGUCAGUUUAGCAGAGAUAAGAGUUUAGUUAAGGUUAACUAAUGGGUUAGUAGCUGAAAGUUUGUUAUAUGUAUGCUAACAGAACAGUUAGCCAACCUAAACAGUUGGUUAGUUAAGUCAGUUUAGCUGUAACAACACUUUGGUUAAGGUUAGCUAAUGGGUCAGUAGCUAAAACAGUUUGCUACAUGCUUGCUAAUUUAGCUCCUGGAGAAGGCAGUGUUGUUGAGGUUAGCUGAUGGGUCAGUAAACUAUGGCAUCAGUUACGCAGAGCAAAUUGUUUGGUUCAGAUUACCUUCCUAAUCAGCAGUUAAAAACUUUGGUUCACAUUAGUUCAGUAGCAGUUUGAUACAGGUAAGCUAACGGAAUAGUUAAAUAGAGAAAUGAGUAGUGUAUCAAAAAGAGAAAAAAGCAUGUAAUUUAUUUAUUUAUAAUUUAUUGAUUUGUUGGUUUAGGUUAUCUCACGAUAAGUUUGGCAGGUAAAAAUAUUUAGUUCAGGAUGGAUCAAUUAAAACAGUUUAAUUCACAUAUGCUAACAGUUUAGUAGCUUAAACAGUGUGCUUCAUGAAAGUUACGGAAUGUUUACCAGCAUAAUUGGGUUGCUUACAGAUAAGUGUUUCAGAUUAUUUUUCGUUAAUGUUAGCAGCUUAACCAGCUUGAUCCAGGUUAACACUGGGUCAAAUGCUGCCCUCAAACAGGGUCAUGUUUACUGUGUCCACAAGAAGAGUCAAUAUAAAUACCACCCUCUUUGUUGUUCAUGAACUUGAUAACGUUGCAUACUUGAUACAUCCAUAUGUGUCCAUACAUGGACUACUCUGCAUAUCAAUCCGUAUGUGUGCAUGUUUUCUGAAAUCUUACAGAUACAGACGAAACAGAGCAGUACCAUCGGAGAUCGUAGAGGCAGUGUAGUGUAACGUUAGUUCAGGUGAGAUAUUACUGUAGGAAAUGAUGAAGACAUUUAAAAUAUGGCGGAACGGAACAAAUCUGAAAUGAAAAGAUAUAUCCGUCCACAUUUUGUGAUGUAUUUAAUGGCCUCACAGACCACCGCUGUCUACCUUGCAGCCUCUGUUAAAAGGUACAUUAUUAGGCCCACAACCUCCUCCACUGUCACCUUGUUUGUUGUUGUCUGAAACUUCUGAGUCUGCCCUCUACUGUUACCUAUUGGCUGUAUCUAUGUAAUCAUAAAGGACGCAUGGAAGGGAGUAUAAAUGAGCCCUUACCGUGACUACUUUAACACCAAGGAUAUCUGGUACACAGUUUCCUAUGUGGUAACCCCUGAAGGCAGCACUAUUCAAGGCUCUAUAGUUAAAGUUUUAACCUUUGUUCAAUCAAUGAAGAAGAGGUCAGAGAUGAAGAGUUGUCAUUAGCUAAAGACUAAACUGAGGUCAUCAGAGUUGAAUGUAAAAGUACCAAAAGGGCCAUUUUACAAUACUGGAACCUUUGUGACUUUUAUGGCAUAAAAUCAAUGUGUUUACAACUUAGCUUUCCUACAGAUGUCCAUUCAAUGCAAAGUCUAACUCUACUGCAAUGUGUUUGGGUUUGCAUUGACUGGAAUGUCAGAUACAGGCUACUAUUUGUUUUUCACUUUUGCUUGUUGUCAAAAUGGCAGUAAAUUUAAUGAUGCAUCUGUACAACGGCAGCCGUCACUUUUGGCUACAGAAACAUGGCCUUUUCAUUUUUCUCUGUACAUCCAUCCAACGCUUAGAUGUUCCUUGUUAUCUUUAAACUAUUGGCCAGACAUUUGGUAUGAAUGUUCAUGUUCCCCAGAGGAAAAUGAGAAUGUUGUUGAUGCCACCCAAACCCCUAUGUUUGUGUUUACACCAUGUCCACCAUGGUUAAUGUAUUUCCUGUUUUGAGUCAUGGCACCACCGUUAAAUUUUACUUUAAAUUUUUCCUUUGCAAUGUUUUCAAGAGUAAAUUUUUGGCUGAGACACAGGCGAUGUGAGGGGAUGCAAAUGUCAGCCUACGUCACCACAGUUCUCUGAUGUCCGUUUGGUGUGUCUGGGCCUUUAUGGUAAUCAUGUUUCUUUCAUUAGAUUUUGGGUGACUGGUCUGAUGGAGAGCCAAGCCACCAAACUGUUGUCAAGUCAAAUCAAGACUUUUCCUCUACCAUGUUUACCCAGCUGGAUGGACAACUGUGACUGACUGUACAUAUGUUUAAAGCAUUCAUGUAAAAUAUUUGUUGGUUUGAAAAAUGACACUUGAAAAUAUUUAUGUGUACA